GCCAUUUCGAAUACGUAUCAAAUGAGAGGGGAGCGUUUCGGGUGGCAGAUCGUUCACCCGACACGACGACAAUGGCGGCCUACGACCUCGUGGCCGACGCUCAGCCAUCGGUACCUCGGCGCAGCGUUGGAUGGGCGCUCGUGGCGCUGGCGGUCGCGGCGAACCUGCUCUUUGGCGGCUUUAUCUACGGCUGGGCCUCCAUCUUGCUUUUCCUCCAAGGCGAGCGCCAGUAUGCGUCGCUCUGCGCGACCGAUAGCGCCAUCGACAGCGUCACGCACACGUGUGUCGCCCAAGACAACCGCCUCAACGUGAUCUUUGGUGUCGCGCAGGUGACGUUCACGAUCAGCUCGCUCCCGAUCGGCAUGCUGCUCGACCGCUUCGGGCCCACGAUUCUGGCGGCGUGCGGCGGCGUGGCCUCGACGCUCGGCCUGCUCCUCUUUGCCAUCAGCGAUGCGUCCGGCUUUGACGCGUUCCUACCCGCGUACGUACUCACGGCCCUCGGCGGCAUGGCGACGCUCCUCGUCGGCUUCCAAACAGGCUUUGUGCUGCCCGGCUGGCAGACGGCGAUCCUCGCAAGCAUCAACUGCGCUUUUGACGCCAGCGCCGUCCUUCCGACCGUGCUCUACGCGAUCUACGACGCAUCCGGCGCGUCCCGUCGAACGCUCCUUAUCAUUUACGCCUGCCUCGCCGCGGCGACCUACAGCCUCUGGACGUUCUUGUGGUGGACGCAUCAUCGAUCGGUGUUGAUGGCUGUCGCGGAAGAGCAGGACGCCGACGACGUGGACGACGACGAGACUGUGCAGGUCGAGCCCGAGGCGGCGUCCCUUGUCGCUGCGCCGCUCGCGUUCCAGCUGCGGACGUUCGAGUUUCGGUACCUUCUGCUCUUUACAAGCGUUCAUAGCUUCCACAACGCCUUCUACUUUGGCAGCAUCAACCGCACCUUGGCGAAGUACGACGACGUGACGCGCGUGUACACCAAAGUGUUUGGCUGGGUCCUUCCCGUCGGCUUCAUCUACAUUCCGCUCAUCAACGUCGUCAUCGAGCGCCAUGGCCUCGGCGUCUCGAUGCUGAUGACGACGAUUCUGUGCAUGAUGACCUACGGGAUCGCCUUCGCGCCGUCGCUGCCGCCGCAGGUCGUGGCGUUCGUCCUCUUCACGGGAUUCCGCGGGUUCUUCUACGCCAGCAACUCGGCGUUUGCCGCCCACAUCUUUGGCCCUGCGCACAUGGGCACGAUUAUCGGGAUCACGUACGCCAUCAGCGGCCUCGUGGCGCUGCUGGAAGUGCCCGCCGCGUCGCUCGCCACCUCGAGUGACGAUGGCUGGUACGCCAUGUACGGUACCGCGCUCGGUCUCUGCGUUUUCCUCUUGCCGUGCACCGAGGUCUACCGCCGCCACGCCACCGCGACGCAGCGAUAGAGCGAACCAAGAUAUCUUUAAAACACUCAAAGACAUGAGUCAUCUUUUGAACGCAACAGAAUCGAACCCUCGCCCUACCCUAC